AUAAUACUAAUUAAUUCUUUUUUUCUACUUACUCUUUGUAAGUUUAACAGAACAGACAACGACACCAGUGGAUUAAGACGUCUGAGACGUCAAAAUCAUCAUCAUGAUUCUGAAAACUUCUGCGUUGAUAAUAUUUUUCUUCAUCUUGUCCGUCGGAAAAUGCCAGUUUGUCUAUAAUUAUGAGGAAGACGGGGCGGAUGAAUUGGGGCAAGAUGUUGCGAAGCAAAGUACUAUACAGUACGAAUAUAAUCCACCCUCAGCUGUAAACCGUCAGUAUGCAACAGAUAAUCGGGAAAAUAUAGAACCUGCAAGACCAGUCAAACGAAUACAGCGACGCAUCAAAUAUAGAGAAGAGUACUAUACUGAACCACCACCACCACAAUCAGAAUACUUCCCAGAAUCUGAGCCAGUUCCAGCCCCCAGAGUGAACAGACAACGAAGAAAGCAGUCUCGUAACAGACAAAGGGCUUACGUUGAACCACCACAAGCUCCAAGAGUUUACUCUCCUUCUGUGUUCGAAAAGAUUGGUCUUGGUGAAGCACCAGAAGGAAUAUAUGUCCCUGAAGAUUCUCUACUAAAUGUUUUAAAGAAUCCAUCUCUAAGGAAUGCAGCCCCAGUUCGAACUAGCGAAUAUCAACCAGUAGGAAAUCAGUAUUCUGAACCUGCUACAAGUUUCCCCAGUAUCGGACGACAACAAUAUUUCGUAGAACCUCCAGCCAGUGAAGAUGACACAAGGCCGCAAACUUUAAUACUUCCUGUAGUACGACCAGAUGAAGCUCCUACGGUAUAUGCUGGCCCUCCUGCACAAACAUACAGGCGACAACGAAGACCAAAAACUCAGGCACUUUAUGUGGAGCAACCAUUAAUUGAUAUAGAUUCAUACAGACGAUAUACGGACGAUGUCUUGAGAGAAGACAUACCUAUAGUACCCCGACAUAGUCAGCAACCUGCUAAUGAGGCUAGACAACCAAGACAGACAACACAACGCUAUGAUCAUCAACAGGAAAGGACGUCUUUUGUAGCUCCAGUAAGGCAAACAUCAAGAAGGAGGAACUACCAAGAGACAACUCAGCCUCCUCGAAUAUAUUCUCCAUCUGUAUUUGAAAAUGUAGGUCUUGGUGAAGCGCCAAAUGGUGUAUAUAUUCCCGAAGAUUCGUUGUUGAAUAUUUUGAAGAACCCUGCGUCGGCAAGGCGAGAUACAGCUCCUGCAGUGGAAUCUGCACAACAGAACUAUUUACCGUCGAAUGUGGAUCAACAAGUUUCAAUUCCACAUAUCCGUACUUCCCAAAAUACUUCCUCAAGGAGGCGAUCAAGGCAACAACAACGUCGAGCUUAUUCUAGAGGCCGCGUAGAAGAAAGGCAGCAUCAAUAUAAUCGCAGAAUAGGGGAUGAAGAACCUACCCAUGCAAUCCAGACGUACAGUAGGCAACAGCCAGUACAACAAACUCAGCACGCAAGCAGUGUGAACUAUGUUCAAGAAAAUUAUUCCAACACUGAGGAGAAAGUUACGCCGCGUCAAAAUCGUCAGCGAGUACCAGCAGAACCACGAAAAAAAGCCGAAGUGUCUCCAUCAGGGCGACAGCAGUCCUCUAAGCAAGCUAAGUUAGCCAUAGCUGCUUUACCAGAAGAUACAGAUGGUGACGAAAUACCAGGCACAGCUGGCGUUGACUACCCUACAUUGCAUGACGUCCCGAAGACAGCAUUUUCUUGUGUGAAUCAACCUCAUAAUGGAUAUUAUGCAGAUUUGGAAACUUCUUGCCAGGUUGUCCACCUCUGUCAGUCGGGUGGUGUUCAAAAUAGCUUUUUAUGCCCCAAUGGAACAAUAUUUAGUCAAGAAAAGUUUGCCUGUCAGUGGUGGUAUAAAGUAAACUGUGCUGACUCUCCUCGAUUCUAUGCUAUUAAUGAUAACCUUUAUAAAAUUCCAGAGAAAAAAGAGAGAAGAAAAGACCAAUGAACAUAAAGAAAAGUGAAAUUAAAAGUUCACCUACUCGUUAAGCUUAUUAAAUGUAAUUGAUGGAUUUAUGUGCAAUGUUAGGUUAGAUCACUAACUCUAAAAGCUUUACGCAGAAUGUGUCAGACUCAGUUACGCAUGUGACAUGAUGAUUUCAUUAAAUUUAUGUAUAUUACAUAUUAUAAUAAACCUUGAUUUGUUUGUACUCUA